AUGGCGUUGAAGCGUAUCAACAAGGAACUCACAGACCUCGGCCGUGAUCCUCCUUCAUCAUGCUCUGCAGGCCCUAUGGGAGAUGAUUUGUUUCACUGGCAAGCAACCAUCAUGGGUCCUAGUGACAGCCCCUUCCAAGGCGGUGUAUUCUUCCUGUCCAUCCACUUCCCGACAGACUACCCCUUCAAGCCACCAAAGGUCAACUUCACAACCCGAAUCUACCACCCCAACAUCAAUUCAAACGGCAGUAUCUGUCUGGACAUCCUCCGAGACCAAUGGAGCCCCGCAUUAACGAUAUCGAAAGUUCUGCUUUCCAUCUGCUCUAUGCUCACAGACCCCAACCCUGACGACCCUCUCGUUCCGGAAAUUGCCCACGUGUACAAGACCGAUCGCGCCCGAUACGAAGCAACUGCGAGAGAAUGGACGAGAAAGUUUGCAAUCUAA